AUGUCAGUCGACACUCAGCCCCACCCCUCCCUCCUCAUCCCCACAAACCCAGCCUACGCCCCCUCCGACGCCCACCCGCGGGGGGGCAUCCUCCGCAAUGGCUCUGCCCACGCUCGCCGCCCGUCCGACCCCUUCCUCAUCGACACCUCCCAUUCCCACACUGGCCCCGCAUCUGCUUCAGGGAGCGGCAGUGGCAGCAAUCACUCGCUCGCACACGCUUCCUCACAGCCGGUCCGCAUCCUCUCGCCUCCGCCUGUGUCUGCCGGCGGGCGAUCACUGGACGUUUCGGGAUCGCCUGCUACUUCUCCGGUACUGGGUUCCAGCGCGUCCAGCGCAACGCACAGCAAGAUAAGGUUUGCGCCUCUGCCUGAUCCGCGGUACCAGCGAAGUCUGAGUACGGGGAGGAAUGUGGCUUUACGGAGUGGCGUUGAUCCCGAUGGAGUGGAGAGGAGGCAUCUCGAAUUGCAGAAUAUGGACGAUGAGUAUGCGGUGGACGAUGAUGAUGAUGACGACGAGGACGAGGACCAAGAAAGUCGGAUGAAGAGGGGACGUAGCUGGAGUAAAGAUAUGGGCCUGAAGAGCGGGUGGAAGGGCACCAAGAAGCUGCUGAGAGGCAAGAAUCCGAUAUCGAGCAAGGACAAGGAAGACGGUGGCUACCAGGGCGAGCCGCUCACCAGGAGCUCGAGCACUGGUGGUAUCAUGGGGAGCUCGCCCUUCCGAUGGACUGUUGAGACCGAACGCAAAAAAGACAUGCUCAGCACAACCCCUGCCAGCGCCCGCUCCCUCCUCUCCGCCAAUCGCCCCGACUCUCUAUACAAGAUCCAGACCCCGCCAUCCCCGACUCUGAAGCCUUCCUCCUCGGGCCACCACCGCACGUCUUCAUUCGAAGCCCGGCCGUCUUCGUCCCUCGGCGCGUCUCCGGCGCCCGUCAAGAUGCUUAAUGGCCGGGUAUACGGUUCCCGCCGAGCGAGCGAAGCUGCAGAGAGGGAGAAAGAGUAUAGGCAAAAUCUGGAGCCUGCUUUCGUCGAGUGGGGCUCGGCGGGCGUGGGCGCCGGAGCGCCGGUGGUGGCCAAGACUAGCGGGAGGGGGGCGUUCCUUGGGGAUGAAGAUGCUGGUGGGGGUAUGGCGUGGGUCAAGAAGCGUCGGGAAGAGAGGGAGAAGAGGAGGUCGGCAGAGAAUGCUUUGCAGGUUGCUGGGGAGGUGCAAAAGACGGAGAGCGCGUCGCAUAGCGGCGGAUUGUCGCCUUCGUCGCAAAGCUCGAAGAUUUCUUUCGAAGAAGACUCGGGGAAACCCGCGUUGGACGUCAGAACAGAUAUCAAGACGCCCGAUAUCGACCCAGCUCAGCUCCCUUCGCACUCGCCUACCAUUGUCGUCUCACCGCAUGAUGGGACAGAUAGCCCUACCAACUUGAGUCGGCAAGCCGAGGAAGACGGGAGAGGAAUGACAAUCUCAGAGACUGUCAAUGAAAAGUCUGUUAAACAGACCAUGGUUGUACCUUCCGACAAGGCCAAAAAGGCUCAGGAUAGGGUUCCGUUCACAGACCCAUUCUCCGAAGACCAUCAAUUCGCCAAUGAACGCUCUGGAAGCGAAGACGAAGAAGACGAGGGAGGCGAGGAUGAAGAGGAGGAGGAUGGCGACUUUGACGACGAUGAUGAUGAGGAAGAGCUUGAUGCUGUCAGGACAACAUCGUCUGCUGCGGGUGUUGAAGUCAUCAGUCGCCACAAGGACUAA